AUGGCGCCCCAACAGCGGGAUUCUCCUCCGAUUCUUAGAGGCUUUGAGCGAACUGCUAACGGUGGACAACCACAAGAUGGCCAAGGAAGACACCUGCUUCUCUUCCGGCGCUCUCAAUAUCCGGGACAUUGCAGCGUUCGCGCCAUAUGGGGGGUUUUUCUAAAAGUUGGUAGGGACAUCAUAUCAUCCUUACCUAAAUCUACCCCUCUGGCCAAAAGUGUGAAAAUAUUCUUUUUGUUGAUGUUUUUGGUGACAGUGGCGUCCUCGAUCCAUUCGGGCUGUCCAGACAGCUGCGUGUGUGAUGACCAGCAUGUUGUCCAGUGCGCUGAACAAGAUCUCCGCAGAUUUCCAUCAGGACUUCCGCUGACCACGCGCCAACUCAUCCUGUCCAACAACCGCAUCUCUGACUUACCUGCGCUCGAGCUCAAUUACCUGUCCGACCUCAUGUUCCUGGACUGCAGCAAUAACUCACUCACUCACAUAUCGGAAUCCACGUUCGGGAACCUGAGAAAGCUGGCAUACCUGGACCUGUCAUUCAACUCUCUCUGGAAGAUAGAGGAGCAGACGUUCAGCGCACUGGAGAGUCUGGUGAUGUUGAGACUGACGGAUAACCCGACGCUGACAGAGUUUCACCCGCAGGCUUUCUCUCAGUCGAGUGCUCUUCAGGUGCUGGACAUCAGCAGGAAUAAUCUGACCAUACUCAAUGUGAGUUCACUCGUGGCAUUGACGGGGCUCAAGUCUGUCGGUCUGAGCGGGAACCCGUGGCUGUGCGCCUGCGACUCAGAGGAGCUCUGUGUCUGGAUGCAUACUGACAACUUUAAAUUUCAAGAAGAAGGCCAGACAGUAUGUGAGGGUCCUCCUUACCUGCGGGGGCAGCGUCUGUCUGAGUUGGGCCUCUGGCUGAGAAGACAGUGCCAUCCAGGCUUGGGUCAUCAAGAUUACCUGUUCUUUGUGGCCAUUGGUUUUGUCAUCUUUGCCGUGGGAAUCAUACUGGCUUGGACGGCCGGGAUGGUGAUAGUGCUUUGCCAACGCUGUGUGAAAUGGAGGAAGAACAGACCAAACAUUGAUGCGACAGAAGAGGAAAUUAAAAGUGGGAAAAGAGGACACAUGGGUUAAGUAAAUUGUGACAGGAAGUAAGGUGAUACUCAUCUUAAUAGGGUGACAGAAGCACAUGAUAAAAAAAAGAAAGAGUCAUGAUUGAUAUAAGAUGAGAUAACCGCCCUUAACAUUGGGGCAAUGAGAACUGUUCAAAAGAACCAGCUGAUAUGGACAGUAUCUGUUUGAGUCCAUUGAAAAUUACUCUUAAAAUGCACACAGAGGUUUUGAAAUAUGUCUAUAAAUGUAUAUAUCUGUAACUAUCGUUUAGUGAAAGGAGUGUUAAUUACUUGAUACAUUUAUAAUUAUUGAUUAGAUUUUCUUCAAAAUCUGCAGUGAGUAAUCCAAUAGUAUUAAAAAAAGUUAUCAGAUUAGAUUACCUAAAGGUAUAAUCUAAAAGAUUAUGUUACUGAUUGCAAUUUAAAUCAUGUAAUUUGUAAACCAGUACUGUAAUGGGACCAGUAUAUCA